AUGCAGCCAGUGUACUUUUGCUUUGCUCAUGGCGCUGGCAGCUCCGCCAUGUCCUUUGCUACUCUCAUCAAGCAUCUCAAGGAUGCGUGUGCAGAGAAUAAGACAUCAGCAGGCUUCUUGGCGAUGGACUAUCGAGGUCACGGCGAGACCGGCUUCACCGUGUCUUCAAAGGAGCAAAUUGAAGACUACAGCCUCGCCACGAUGUGCGAUGACUUCACAGAGUGUAUGACGGCAGCUCUCGAGGUGGUUGCAGAAGCAAAGCCAGUCAGUUGUAUACUGGUCGGACACUCACUCGGAGGGUCGAUCGUCACAACUGUCGCACAGAUGGGAGCCCUACCCUCCUGCAAUGCGUUCGUUGUACUCGACGUGGUCGAGGGCACAGCGCUAGACGCUCUACAUUCUACAAGCCAAAUCUUGAAGCAGCGACCAGCGAGCUUUGCAGACAUGUCUGAAGCAAUCGGAUGGGCGCUCUCGAGCAGGAUAAUCAGUAAUCAAGUCUCUGCACGUUCAUCAAUACCCGCGCUGCUUCGCAGGUCGCCAGAGAGCAAACGACUCCUUUGGCGGCAUGAUUGGAAACCCACACAAGCAUACUGGCAAUCCUGGUUCCAAGAUCUAUCAAGGAAAUUUCUCUCUGCGUCGAGGUCACUUGGCAAACUACUGAUUCUGGCGGGGACUGAUCGGUUGGAUAAACCGUUGAUGAUUGCGCAGAUGCAAGGAGCGUUUCAGAUGAAUGUCAUUCCGGGAGCUGGCCACUUUGUUCAUGAAGACGAGCCGUGCAAAGUGGCUCACAUUAUCGCUGCGUUUGCUGAUCGCUUUGGCAAGAGUUUGUGA